CUCAUUUGCCAGUUCCGACGCGUGACCCCUGCGCGCUCGCGUCCCAGGCCGCUGUCAAGCGCGGGGUGCGCCCAGCGGCCCCAUGUACCCCUUCCCGCUCGCGGCCGCCGCACCCCGAUCCCCGCUCCGGCUCCUCGGCAGAGGGCUCGCCGCCGCCAUGUCUACCGCCGGGCCCCUCAAGUCCGUCGACUACGAGGUGUUCGGCAGAGUGCAGGGUGUUUGCUUCAGAAUGUACACAGAAGGUGAGGCGAAGAAGAUAGGCGUGGUUGGCUGGGUGAUGAACACCAGCAAAGGCACUGUGACAGGCCAAGUCCAAGGUCCUGAAGAGAAAGUCAAUUCUAUGAAGUCCUGGCUGAGCAAAGUGGGGAGCCCCAGUUCUCGAAUUGACCGUGCAGACUUUUCAAAUGAGAAAACCAUCUCUAAACUUGAUUACUCUAAUUUUAGUAUUCGAUAUUAAAGAGAAACAGACACUGGAAUGCUAAUAGAAAAUAUACUAUUAUUCCUUAGUCUAUCUAUUAGAACAAUAAGAGCAGAGUAGGGUUAAAAAAAGGAAUUCUCUGUUCUGAAAGCUAUGUUGUAUAUGUUACUAAAAACACCUGAAACAGAACUUGUUUUAUUCAAGGAUACUUUAAACAAGAAAAAAAAGUAUUCUAAAAUAAAAAUUGUCACUACCACAUAAUUCAUUGAACCUUUUAAGCUUGUCUCAUGAAAUCUUUAAUACUAAUGAAAU